CUGUCGGAUCCAUAGUUGAGCGCAUACCUUCACCUCUGCGCUUUCUGCUCACUUUACCUUCCAUUUAACCAACAAGGAAAAGUUUUUGUAGCUUUAAUGUCCCAGUCCGUGCCGCUGAUCUGCUCUGACUGCUCGGUUUCACUGUGGAAACCCUGAGUGCAUGUUGAUUUGCUGCUGAACUCCUAACAGGUGUUUGGGGGACACGCCGCCCUGUGAGGGAACAUGUCCAAUGGGAAAGACCCGAAUGCUGCGGAGAACUCCUCUACGAUGACCCUGACGGAGUGCCUGGAUGAGUGUAUGGAGGCCUUGGAUCUCUUCCUUAACAACCACUUCAACGAGAGCCUGGAGAGGCUGCGACCAAGAGUGAAUGAGAGUAUGUACCAUGCUCUUAUCUACGCCACAGUGCUGGAAAUGCAGGCCAUGAUGACUUUCCAGCACGAUGACAUCAGCAAUGCGGGAAACACCAUGAAGAGCGCCCAGGAGGUCUGUCAGAGGUUUCGACGGAAAUCCCCAGGUUUGACGAGCAAGUCGUUAGGGGACUCACUUUCUGAAGUGCAGCUCCACGCAGAAGUGUGUUACGCAGAGUGUCAACUCCAAAGAGCCGCUCUCACCUUCCUACAGGAUGAGAGCAUGGUGAGCUUUAUCAAAGGAGGGAUCAAAGUGCGAAACAGUUACUUGAUUUACAAAGAACUGCACUCCUUUAUCAAAUCCCGCCACUGUGUCAAAGGACCCAACCACAUUCAUUUAGAGGGAGGAAUAUCAUUUGGAAUGGGGGCGUUUAAUCUGACACUUUCUCUGUUUCCUCCACGGAUACUAAAAGUUCUGGAGUUUGCAGGCUUCUCUGGAGACAAGGAGUAUGGUCUGUCCCUGUUGGGUAACGGUGCGAUGGGGAUGAACCUCCGCUCCAUGCUCUGUGCUCUGCUGCUGCUCUGCUUCUACACCUUCCUCACGUUCAUACUCGGUACAGGUGAAGGAGACGUGACUGAAGCUGACAAAUUACUGAAACCUUUCCGGCUCCGUUACCCACGAGGAGCGAUAUUCCUCUUCUUUGCCGGCAGAAUUGAGGAGAUCAAAGGGAACAUUGAUGAGGCGGUGGCGCUCUUCGAGGACGGCUGCAAGGCCCAGCAGGCGUGGAAGCAGUUCCACCACAUGUGCUACUGGGAGUUAAUGUGGUGUUUCACCUACAAGCGUGUGUGGAAGAUGGCGUACUUCUACGCAGACCUGCUGAGCCAAGAGAGCCGCUGGUCCAAGGCCAUGUAUGUGUACAUGAAAGCUGCCUACCUCAGUAUGCUGCCUGAGGACGAGGCCAGGCCUUUUGGGGAGGACGAGGUGGAGCUCUUUAGACUAGUGCCCACCUUAAAGCAGAAGAUAGCAGGAAAGUCUCCUCCUACUGAGAAGUUUGCGAUUCGCAAAGCCAGACGCUACAAGGCUGCUUCCCCAGUCAGGCUCCCAGUACCAGUGCUGGAGAUGAUGUACAUGUGGAACGGUUUCAGUAUGAUCAGCAAAAGACCAGAGCUGACUGAAGGCAUGAUGCAGACGUUGGUGGAGGCAGAGCGCUCUCUACUGGAAUCUCCCGAAAACGAGUACACGGUGGAUGACCGCUGUUUGAUCCACUUGUUGAAGGGUCUGUGUUUGAAGAACCAGGGUCUCCUCCAGGCGGCUGAGGAAUGCUUUAACAAAGUGUGGUCCAGUGAAAAGAAGAUCAGGUUUGACCACUACCUGGUGCCCAACUGUCUGGUGGAGGUCAGUCUGCUUUAUAUAGACCAAGGCAGAAGAGACGAGGCUAUUAAACUACUGCACAAAGCCAAACACAACUACAAAGAGUACUCCAUGGAGUCUCGCACACAGUUCAGGAUCCACGCUGCUCUGGCCAAACUGAAGGCAGACCCUGGGGAGGAGGAGGACACCCACCUGUAGGAGGACACGUCUUCAUGACCGCUCACACUGGACUCUGCAUCUCCCUCACGCCUGCACCUGUUUUAGCUUCAAACCCGGUUUUUAACGUAAAUAUUUUGCCUACAAGUGAACCCUGGGUACUUUACUGAUGAGGUCAGGUCGACUUUUUAAGGUAUAUUUGAGUCAUGGUCAGCGCUUGGGCAUAACUGGACAAAAGGUACAACCUGGCAGAAUAUGUACAGGUGCAGAGUGAGCUUAAAUUUCCCAACAUUCCACAGGUUAACAGAGACUUGAGUGUAUAUACGAUAGCCAUUUUAUAUUAUAGACAUGUUUACAUUGAUAAUAAUUAAACACUAAAUCUUAACUGAUUAAAAGCCACUACAAAUAUUUAAUAAAAUUAAUUUAAAAACUUAAUGAAAUGUACAGUAUUUUACUGUAUUCUAGGAGUUUUUUGAUUAUAAUAUAAUUUAGUAAGCUCUGGAUUUAUAGUGUUCCUGGUAUUUCACAUGGAAAAUGUCAUUUAAAUAACAGUCAGCCGGUGUUCUUUACACAUGCGUUGUGGGUCACUGUGGUGUCCCAUGUUGUAUGGACGCUGUGGAAAUGCAUGCAAACGCAGCUAAACCUGCAGCUGUGUUUGAUUUUUAAUUACAAUCUAGUGUUGAUCGUUUUCCAAAAACCUGACGGUGUCAAAAAAAGCAUUUUCAAUAAAUAAAAUUGUACUAAUGAA